AUGGGAUAAAAUUGCAGUGAAUGCAGUAAUGUUGACAAUGAAAUAACCUUAGAGAGCAGAUAAGUAACAGAACCAGUAUCUUAUCGUUACUUUACAAAAAGUGAAGCCCAAUAUGCUUUGAAUAAUACGUAAGUAUUUAAAUAAUCUUAAGAGCAGAGGAGCUGAAAAAUAGAAAGGAAAGAGAAAAGAGGUUUACUUUUGAAUUUGAUGAUGGAAGCAAAUAUAUAGGAGAAUGGGUAGGGAAUAAAAGAGAUGGUUAUGGAGUAAUGGAAUGGAAGGGUAAUGAAGUAUCAUAGAAGUAUAGAUGGAACUAAAUAUGAAGGAUUUUGGAAAAAUAAUAAAGCGAAUGGAUAAGGAAGAUUCUUGCAUAUAGAUGGGGAUUAUUGUAAGUGAUAAAAGUAUAUUAAAAUUAGAUGAAGGAUAGUUUGUAAAUAAUUUAUGCUCUGGUUAUGGUAUAUAUCAAUAUUCUAAUGGACACAGAUAUGAGGGAAGUUGGAAAGAAGAUAAAUUCGAAGGUUUGGGGAAAGAAUUUUGGCCAGAUGGAAGCUAUUAUAUUGGUGAUUAUGUGAAUGGGGAGAAGAAUGGAAAAGGGAAAUAUAUUUGGGCUGAUGGAAAUUCUUAUGAUGGAGAUUGGUGUAAUAACAAGAUGAAUGGAUUUGGCAUUUAUAAAUGGAAUAAUGGUUGUAUUUAUAAAGGAGAAUGGCUUGAUAAUAAUAUGCAUGGGUAGGGUGAGUAUUUGUGGCCAGAUGGGAAGAAGUAUUGUGGAAACUAUGAAAAUGACAAGAAAAAUGGAUUUGGUGUUUUUUUGUAUAAUGAUGGGAGAAAAUAUGAAGGACAAUGGUUUGAUGGCAAACAGCAUGGAGAAGGCAUUAUUUAUGAAUAGGACGGUAAUUAUAAAAAAGGGGAAUGGAGAGAAGGGAAGUUAAUUAACUAUAUGGAAGUGAAUUGA